AAAAGCACGAAGACAGGAUGGGAUGAGAGCGCGGUUCAUCACGAGAGUAUCAGGCUGAUGGCUGACAACAGCUCGGUUUAGGUUAGCAGUACCUCCGUUGAUUUGUCAUUAGGUCAUCGUAACGCUAGUAUGCGUUUUGAAUAGUGGCUAUAUUUAGGGGAAGCCUAGCGUGAGAAUGACCGUAUCGGUGCGAUUGCUGCCUUAUGAGCAUGCUUGCGUUGAUGUCCCCCGGCGAAGGCGCUAUUGAGUGAAGAUGUCGAUUUUGUGGGUGAUGAGCGACUUUUGGCCAGUACAAGCGAGAGGAUACAGAUAAUAUUUCGUACGAUUUCUUUUCCUCAUACAGAUGUAUUCUCGCGUCUCUAAUGCUUCACUAGAUACCGUAGCGCUGCAGCAGUGGCGUCGGCGUCACUGACGCCUUGGCUCAUUAUCGCCAGCCAGACUCGUAGUUCUCCGUUAUUAUGGCAAUUUUCCGGUUGACUAACUGCGAAAGCCAGUUUCUUCCUCUCGUAAUCCGGACUCUGUCAUUGGUUCCGCUGGUGUAGCAAAAAACCUUAUUUCCAGUGCCCCAAUUUCUGACUUUCUGCUUGCAAGUCAUUUCCAGCUCUAGCAUCCAGUUUAGGUCUUUUUAUUCUCCACGUCGAAGCUUAAGUCGUUAUACUGCGAUACAAGGCUAAGUAUUCGCCUACAAUACGGUGCAAAGCCACAGUUAGGGUUUCCGUAAAUAAUCUCCACCCGUUGCACGAGACACUUUACUCUGCGAGCCGUCAGGAUGAAUUUCUCCCACGACAAGUUCGACGCGGAGAAGUAUGUGGACGACCAGAUGCAGAUCAUGGACGAACGGGGCGUCCGUCUGCUGGUCGGAGACCUGGCGGACUACCGGCGGGUAUCAGCAGACGAGAUGCGGAAGAGCGUGUUCGCCAACUACACGGCGUUCAUCGGCACGUCCAAGGAGAUCGCGGAGCUGGAGGUGGAGCUGCAGCAGAUGAAGAACCUGCUCUCGCUGCAGACCAACCUCAUCCACUCCCUCGCUGCCGAUAGCUUGAACAACGAAACCAGCAGCAAUGCUAACUCUGCUGCUGCUGCUGCGGCUGCUGCUGGUGGUGCUGGUGCUGGUGGUGGUAGCUCGACCCCGGCUUCGACUGCCUCGUCUGUUACCACUGCCGGUACUUCGUCUACUUUCGCUGCUGCCUCGUCCUCGUCGUACGCGUCCUCGUUAGCCACGCCGCAGGACGAGGAGGAGGAUGAGAGGUUGUGGAGUGUGGAGGUCCCGGAGCCGACCGAGAUUGAGAAGUACGCGGAGGCUCUGCCAGAUAUACUGGAUAUUCUUAUAGCGGAGCGGAAGGUCGACCGCGCUAUAGAGCUGCUGGAGCAGGGCAGCAGAUCAGGAGGCGGAGGCGGAGCGGGGGGGGAGGAGGAGGAGAUUCUGAGUGCGGAGGCCGCGAAUGCGCUGGCGACGGCGAUAGCGGACAGGAGGGCGUGGCUGGUGGGGCAGCUGGAGGAAACGGCGCAGCAGGCGGCUGUGAGGGGGCAGGAGCUGAGGCAGGCCGUGGGCGCGCUGUAUAGGCUCGGGGAGACGGAGAGGGCGCACCAGCUGCUGCUGGCGGCGUAUGGGGAGAGGAUCCGGAGCGGGUCGAGGCUGCUGAGGCCCCGGGGGACGAGCUUUGGCGGGGCGUAUACCGCUGCUCUUGCACAGCUGGUGUUCUCAGCGAUAUCCCAAGCAGCCACGGACUCAGCGCGCAUAUUCGCGUCGGACCCCUCGUGUGCGGCGGACCUGCUGCUGUGGGCGCAGAGGGAGACGGAGUUCUGCGUCUCGCUGCUCAAGCGCCACGUGCUCUCCUCCGCUGCUGCUGCUGGCGGGCUGCACGCCGCCGCUGAAUGCGUGCGCAUAGCGCUGGGGCACUGCAGGCUCUUAGAGGACCAGGGUCUCACCCUCUCCCCAGUAUUGUCCAAGCUGGUGCGCCCCAGCGUGGAGGAGGCCCUGGAGUUCAACAUCAUCCGCAUUGAGGACUCGGUGGCCACCAUGGUGGCUGUGGACGAUUGGGUCCUGCUGCCGCUGCCGCACGGCUCAGGCGCCACAGGCCGGGUGCGCGCGCUGCAGCAGACUCUGGGGCCGGGGCUCAUGCACCUCAAGCUGUCCAGCAGCGGCCAAAAGUUCUACAUGCUGCUCGUGGACCUGGUGGAGGACAUCUUACCAGUGAUCAGCCUGCAGCUGUUUGGCCGCAUUCUCGACCGCCUCGCCUCGCUCUUCGAGUCGUACGUCGCGCUGCUGCAGAAGGCCCUCCCCUCGCCCUCCUCCGACGACGACGACAACGAGGACGAGGAGGGGGAGGAGGGGAAGGCCGGGGAGAAAGACAAGGACAAGGCGAAUGGGGGAGGGGAGGAGCCAUGGCAGGACGGCAGUGUGCGCACCGCAGAGGACGAGCAGCAGCAGCUGGCUCUGCUGGGGAAUGCAUCGGCUCUGGCUGAUGAUCUGCUCCCCAGACUGGCGCAGAGGCUGACUCUGGCGGCUGGGGAAGAAGGGGGGGGGGGAGGCGGAGGCGGGAGAGGGGGGAGGAAGCAGGGCGGGGUGGAGCAGGACAGGCGGCUGUCGGGCGGUGGCGGACGCAACGCGGCGGAGCACAAGGAGUGGCGGCGGCGGCUGCAAAAGGCGGUGGACAAGCUGCGGGACGUGCUGUGCUCGUGCCUGGUGGCGGAGUUCAUGUACGGCGACGACGGCAAGCCCAUACUCACGGCCCACGAGUACCUCCACAUGGACGCCAAGAUGCGCCCCACGCAGUGGGCCUUGAAGCCCCUGCCCUCGCCGCCUUUCCAGGCGCUCUACAUGGCCUUGCACUCCAUCCACUCCACAGCCACCUACGUGCUGGGAGGGCGCGACAGAGUGGUGACGCUGCUGCUCAUGCGCCUUGCAGAGUGGCUCAUGAUGGGGCUCAUGGUGUACAGCACCUUCUGGGACGAGCUCGAGAACGCUGAGUACGCCCUUGGCCCCACUGGCCUGCAGCAGCUCGUGUUCGACAUGUACUUCGUGAUGCAAGUGGCCAAGGCGGGCAAGUACUCGUCCAGGGCCAUGCGCAAGGUUGCGGAGGACAGCGCCACCAAGGCCAUCGUGCUCUUCACCGACCAGACGGGAGGCGACCCCAACAGUCUCCUACAGGAGGACUGGUGGUACGAGCACAAGUGUCUGGAGGCAAUAGAGGAGCUCGCAGCAGCAGCCAGCCCGGCAGCAUCGCCCUCGGACUCCCCCAGCCGCCACCGCCGCUCCUUCUCCCAGGAGGACCACGACGACCCCCUCCCCGCUGCCUCCUCCGCUGCUGCUGACGCUGGUGCUAUUGGUGGUGCUGCUGGUGCUGGUGGUGUUGGUGCAGUGGCUGCUGCUUCUGUGUCUUCUCAGGUCCAAUCGGUGCUGUCGAACCAUCAGCCGGUGGACGGGGGUUUGUCCCAGCAGCAGCAGAGGCCGGAGGGGAGGAGCGUGGGGGAUGAGGAGAGAAGACCGGCAGCAAAAACACAGUAUGAUGCAUCUGAUGACGAUGGUGGUGGUGGGGGUAGGAGUGCAAGGGCAGGAGCGAGGGGUGGCGCCAGCCGGAGCAGUACUAGUGAGGGGGUGGGAGGGGGGGCGAGGAGCAGAGGGUAUUCGGGUGAUGACUACGCAAGCAGUGGCAGCAGGAACGAGUAUUCGGCUCGAGACAGGGACUAUGGGCGGGAUUAUGGGCGGGAUAGGGAUAGUGGGGGGGGCAGCAGAGAGUAUGGGAGGGACCGAGAGAGUGCUGCGGGGGGUUGGGAUUAUGGGAGGGAUAGUGGGGGAGGGAGUAUGCGCGAGAGAGGGACGGUGGAAGCAGGGAGUAUGGGAGGGAGGGCUCUUACGGAAGGGAUCGAGGUUACAGUGAGAGGGAGAGGGAUAGGGAUGGGUAUGGCCGGGAGGAGGGGUCGAGAAAUUACUCGGGGCGAGAGGCGAGGAGCAGGAGAGGAGGGGGGUAUUGAUAUGGGGGUGAUGAAAAAGAAGGGUAUUGAUGUACGGGAUACAUGGGCCAUGACGGCGGGAUACUGAGAGAUUGCUGGGAGGGAGUUUUUAUCGAGAUGUUUGUAAUGUAAAGGGCGCUUUGGCGAGACUUUGGGGGUCUAUGGAGACCUUUGGCACGUCCUUAGGCGAGUGGAAGCAUCCAUGCUGGAAUCUGGUUUGGCGGAGAUGUGGCAAGUUGCAAGGGCAAGAAUUGGUUUCUAGGAGCUCCCAGAGGGAGGGAUGGGAUCUCAAUGUAGAAUUGGAAGGGAAGAUGUAGCACACCAUAUGUUAGGGUUGCUGUCGCUGAUAGCCAAUGAUAAUUCUUGUCAUUGCCAGUAGCGAGAGUGGCCUUGGCAAACUGGGGGAUUGCUUUCAUAUUGUAGAAAGCACAAAGACAUGUAACUUCGGAAAUUUUGUCCUGUUUCACCCGU